UAGAGAAAGAGUUACAAGAUGAGAGACGGCGAAUGGAGGAAGAAGAGGAGGAGGAGCAGUCUGGCUGGAACCGGGUCGAGAUAGACGAGACACCUGUCAAUCUUGUGGGUGAGGACACAGCUAUCUUGGAGGACGAGCCUGUGAUCAACAAGGGCAUGGGUGCAGCCUUGAGCGUGGCCGUCAACAAGGGAUUUCUGGAGAGGGAGGUAAUACGGACGCACCGCAUCACGGCCGGAAUGAUGGAGAUCAAGGCCCAGAAUUACUCCAUCGAGGACAAGAGAUAUGAUGACCUAGAUGAGAAGUACAAGAAGCGAGAUCGGUACACGGGCAAUUUGUCCGAGUUCAAGGAGAAGGUAGGGUACAAACCGGAUGUGAAACUCGAGUAUGCUGACGAGUCCGGGCGGCAACUUAACGAGAAAGAGGCCUUCCGCCAGCUCUCACAUCGUUUCCAUGGGAAAGGUUCAGGCAAGAAGAAGACAGAGAAGAGGUCCAAGAAACUAGAGGAGGCACAGCUGAUGUUGAAGAUGAGCACGACAGAUACACCGCUAAACACGGUGGCCUUGCUGAAAGAGAAGCAGCAGCAGGAGAAGACUCCCUACAUUCUGCUCACCGGAAACAAGGGAUUCACGCAAACAAUGGUGAAGCCAAAAACUUGAGGCACACUGACUGCUUCUUUGGACAAGAACAGAAUGGGGCACUGCUCACUAAUGCAACUGAACUAUUCACAGAGCCUAGAUUUGUGCUCGAACUCUUUAAUUUGAUAGUGUCACUUGCAUCACAGGCGUUAAAAGUACCUUUCUACAUGUAUACAUGUAUUUGAAAAAUGUAGUGGAAAAGCAUAAUAAAAAAGGAUUUCUAAAUGUUAUAUGUGUAGAUUAAAAAUAUUUCUUCAGUAUGUUUUCAACACAAUAAGUUCAAUUUGCCUAAAGUGGCUCAUCAACUUUUGCCAUAGUUUUAUCAGGCUGUUUUCAAAUGUCUGGCAUGAGAUUGUAGAUCUUGUUACUGAUCAAGACCAUUUUCGAAACAGAUAGUCUUUGAAAUCUUUACAUCAAUUUACGUGUGAAAUGGUAGACAUCCUGUACUGAAUUGAACUUUUAAUAUGGAUUAUAGUAAGAACCUCAAUUCAGUACUAGGUUUUUAUCGCGAUUUUAUUGUAAUAUUGUAUUGUCUUGGUUAAUAAACCAAAUAAAAACUG